AUGAGUAGGUGGCUGACCAAGAGGUUCUCUGCAGAAGAGGUUCUGGUCCAGAUUUUUGGACAGGAUGAAGAGGGCACUGAAAUUGAGCCAGAGAUAGAGGAGGAUGUCUCAGAAGAGGAAGACAACAUGGAUUUUGAUCCAGACUUUGAGGAGACAGACCAGUCAACCGAUGGAGAAGGAGAGGCAUCUGAAGAUCAGACACCUGAGGAGACUUUCCGGUUCAAGAGUGGACACUUGCUCUGGUCUUCAGUCCACCAGGACAGAGGAAAUUUUUCAGAUUUCGGGAUUUCACCGGAGACAUCCACAAUACAGGAAACAACUGAUCAGACUGGAACAUUUACAUCAACACCCCAACAGACAAUUUCAUCAACACCAAACACAGUAACUGCUGAGUCAACUGAGACCACAUUUGUGACUGAACCAACCGUUCCAACUCAUUCGGAAACUCCUGAGACUGUAAAGACAACAGCAACACCUGACCCAACCACUCCCAAUGACAAAACAACCACUGAGCCUGUUGAGACAACCACAAUACAGGAAACAACUGAUCAGACUGGAACAUUUACAUCAACACCCCAACAGACAAUUUCAUCAACACCAAACACAGUAACUGCUGAGUCAACUGAGACCACCUUUGUGACUGAACCAACCGCUCCAACUCAUUCGGAAACUCCUGAGACUGUAAAGACAACAGCAACACCUGACCCAAGUACUCCCAAUGACAAAACAACCACUGAGCCUGUUGAGACAACCACAAUACAGGAAACAACUGAUCAGACUGGAACAUUUACAUCAACACCCCAACAGACAAUUUCAUCAACACCAAACACAGUAACUGCUGAGUCAACUGAGACCACCUUUGUGACUGAACCAACCGCUCCAACUCAUUCGGAAACUCCUGAGACUGUAAAGACAACAGCAACACCUGACCCAACCACUCCCAAUGACAAAACAACCACUGAGCCUGUUGAGACAACCACAAUACAGGAAACAACUGAUCAGACUGGAACAUUUACAUCAACACCCCAACAGACAAUUUCAUCAACACCAAACACAGUAACUGCUGAGUCAACUGAGACCACAUUUGUGACUGAACCAACCGUUCCAACUCAUUCGGAAACUCCUGAGACUGUAAAGACAACAGCAACACCUGACCCAACCACUCCCAAUGACAAAACAACCACUGAGCCUGUUGAGACAACCACAAUACAGGAAACAUCUGCUCAGACUAGUACAUUAACAUCAACACCCCAACAGACAAUUUCAUCAACACCAAACACAGUAACUGCUGAGUCAACUGAGACCACAUUUGUGACUGAACCAACCACUCCAACUCAUUCAGAAACUCCUGAGACUGUAAAGACAACAGCAACACCUGACCCAACUACUCCCAAUGACAAAACAACCACUGACCCAUUUGAGACAACCACAAUACAGGAAACAACUGAUCAGACUGGAACAUUUACAUCAACACCCCAACAGACAAUUUCAUCAACACCAAACACAGUAACUGCUGAGUCAACUGAGACCACCUUUGUGACUGAACCAACCGCUCCAACUCAUUCGGAAACUCCUGAGACUGUAAAGACAACAGCAACACCUGACCCAACCACUCCCAAUGACAAAACAACCACUGAGCCUGUUGAGACAACCACAAUACAGGAAACAACUGAUCAGACUGGAACAUUAACAUCAACACCCCAACAGACAAUUUCAUCAACACCAAACACAGUAACUGCUGAGUCAACUGAGACCACAUUUGUGACUGAACCAACCGUUCCAACUCAUUCGGAAACUCCUGAGACUGUAAAGACAACAGCAACACCUGACCCAACCACUCCCAAUGACAAAACAACCACUGAGCCUGUUGAGACAACCACAAUACAGGAAACAUCUGCUCAGACUAGUACAUUAACAUCAACACCCCAACAGACAAUUUCAUCAACACCAAACACAGUAACUGCUGAGUCAACUGAGACCACAUUUGUGACUGAACCAACCACUCCAACUCAUUCAGAAACUCCUGAGACUGUAAAGACAACAGCAACACCUGACCCAACUACUCCCAAUGACAAAACAACCACUGACCCAUUUGAGACAACCACAAUACAGGAAACAUCUGCUCAGACUGGAACAUUAACAUCAACACCCCAACAGACAAUUUCAUCAACACCAAACACAGUAACUGCUGAGUCAACUGAGACCACAUUUGUGACUGAACCAACCGUUCCAACUCAUUCGGAAACUCCUGAGACUGUAAAGACAACAGCAACACCUGACCCAACUACUCCCAAUGACAAAACAACCACUGAGCCUGUUGAGACAACCACAAUACAGGAAACAUCUGCUCAGACUAGUACAUUAACAUCAACACCCCAACAGACAAUUUCAUCAACACCAAACACAGUAACUGCUGAGUCAACUGAGACCACAUUUGUGACUGAACCAACCGUUCCAACUCAUUCGGAAACUCCUGAGACUGUAAAGACAACAGCAACACCUGACCCAACCACUCCCAAUGACAAAACAACCACUGAGCCUGUUGAGACAACCACAAUACAGGAAACAUCUGCUCAGACUAGUACAUUAACAUCAACACCCCAACAGACAAUUUCAUCAACACCAAACACAGUAACUGCUGAGUCAACUGAGACCACAUUUGUGACUGAACCAACCACUCCAACUCAUUCAGAAACUCCUGAGACUGUAAAGACAACAGCAACACCUGACCCAACUACUCCCAAUGACAAAACAACCACUGACCCAUUUGAGACAACCACAAUACAGGAAACAUCUGCUCAGACUGGAACAUUAACAUCAACACCCCAACAGACAAUUUCAUCAACACCAAACACAGUAACUGCUGAGUCAACUGAGACCACAUUUGUGACUGAACCAACCGUUCCAACUCAUUCGGAAACUCCUGAGACUGUAAAGACAACAGCAACACCUGACCCAACCACUCCCAAUGACAAAACAACCACUGAGCCUGUUGAGACAACCACAAUACAGGAAACAUCUGCUCAGACUAGUACAUUAACAUCAACACCCCAACAGACAAUUUCAUCAACACCAAACACAGUAACUGCUGAGUCAACUGAGACCACAUUUGUGACUGAACCAACCACUCCAACUCAUUCAGAAACUCCUGAGACUGUAAAGACAACAGCAACACCUGACCCCAACUACUCCCAAUGA